AGGAAACGAUGCAACCAGGUUAUCAGUUCUGCGUCCCUGCUCCAUCGGGACUUUAACCUGAGAGGCAAAACCACCAUGAAUGGUUCAACGUGACUUGUUUCUAAGGACUGGACCUUGUGCCGCCGUGGCAGGAACUCCUGUUCUGUACAGGUCUGUUGCUUCGUUGUCUGCUACCAGAGCCUUACAGUCAGCCUGGCAAGUAAUUGGCAGAAAGCUGGGCAUGAGGUGAACGGGAAGAGAAACCGGAGCCACAGGGAUGAGCUGGGACUCUCCACGAUGGGCCGGGAGCAGUUUUGGCCUCCCUCCAUCUCCAACCUCCAUCUAAAUGUAGCUUCCAGGAGCUACAGACAACUUUGUCAAGAGCAAACACAUCUUGGCCCAGAGGCCCAGAUGCUGAAGGAAAUCUGGUAGGAUCUGCAGGGACUGCCACCAAACACCAACCAGGACAUGGACCUCGCGCGCCUGUGCCUGGGGCUUCUGCUGCCCGUGGUGGCCGCCCUGGAUUUCCGAUACCACCACCAGGAAGGGAUGGAGGCGUUCCUAAAGAGCGUUGCCCAGAACUACAGUUCCAUCACGCACUUGCACAGCAUCGGGAAAUCUGUGAGAGGUAGAAACCUGUGGGUUCUCAUUGUGGGGAAGUCUCCAAAGGAACACCGAGUUGGGAUUCCAGAAUUCAAAUACGUGGCUAAUAUGCACGGGGAUGAGACUGUGGGGCGAGAAUUGCUGCUCCACUUGAUCGACUACCUGGUGACCAGUCACGGAAGAGAUGCCGAAAUCACACAUCUAAUCAACAGCACUCGGAUCCACAUCAUGCCUUCCAUGAACCCAGAUGGAUUUGAAGCCGUCAAGAAGCCCGACUGUUAUUACAGUAACGGAAGGGAAAAUUACAACAAUUAUGACCUGAACAGAAACUUCCCUGAUGCCUUCGAAUAUAAUAAUGUGUCAAAGCAGCCUGAGACCCUGGCAAUCAUGAAGUGGCUGAAAACAGAGACAUUUGUCCUGUCUGCGAAUCUCCACGGGGGCGCCCUGGUGGCCAGCUACCCCUUCGAUAAUGGCGUGCAAGCCACAGGGACACUGUUGUCCCGAAGCCUAACUCCAGAUGACGAUGUUUUUCAACACCUCGCAUAUACCUAUGCUUCCCGGAACCCCAAUAUGACGAAAGGAGAUCAGUGCAAAAACAAAAGGAACUUCCCCAAUGGAAUUACUAAUGGGUACGCCUGGUAUCCACUGCAAGGUGGAAUGCAAGAUUACAACUACAUCUGGGCCCAGUGUUUUGAAAUUACACUGGAGCUGUCGUGCUGCAAAUACCCUCGAGAAGAAAAGUUGCCGUUGUUUUGGAAUGACAACAGAGCCUCUUUGAUUGAAUACAUAAGACAGGUGCACCUAGGGGUAAAAGGGCAAGUGUUUGACCAGAAUAGAAAUCCGUUGCCGAAUGUAAUUGUGGAAGUCCAAGACAGAAAACACAUCUGCCCAUAUCGAACCAACAAACUCGGAGAGUACUACCUACUUCUCUUGCCGGGGUCCUACGUGAUCAAUGUUACGGUCCCCGGACAUGACCCACACCUCACAAGGCUGACUAUCCCGAGGAAGUCCCAGACCCUUGGUGCUCUUAAAAAGGACUUCCACCUCCCGCUGCGAGCGCAACCGGAUUCCAUCCUCGUGUCGGACCCUCAGUGCCCCACGGUCCCGCUGUACAAACUAAGGCCAAACCACUCGGCUGCCACAGAGCCUACGUUGUGCAUACUUUUCCUGACUCUUUUGCACAUAUUUUUCAAAUAAAGUCAAAUGUGAAAUCAAGCCCCAUCACCACCUGGAAUCAGGGAUUGGUUACUCCAGGUGAUGGCAACUGUCCCUCUUCCGAGACUGCCAUGGGAUAAACGCCGCUGUUUUCCCUAAGGGGAAAACUGGAUGUUUCCAAACCCAGCGGAGAGCAGCAUCCGAUGACAAAAGUGACCUUCUGUCUGGAUGAUUGGAGGUCACUGCCUAGCAAGUGCAGCCCACAUGACACCCCACCCUGAAGCAGUUCCAAAAAGUUGCAAGAAUCUUGAGAAGCAGGCAAAACAGACAUCCCUAGAAAGAAAAAAAAAGCUAAUUUUGUGUACAGAAAGGUCAAUGGAUCUGAGCAGCCAUAAACACUUCCUGACCACCUACUGUGUGCAACCUUGCCAUGAGUGUUCUUUGGAAAGAGCUAACACCACGUAGAAGUGGCUCUCCCCAAAGGAAGAGAUUCCUAGGUAACCGGACUGAAAGCAUGGACUUUUCCAGUGUUCUAAGGAGAAAUGAGCGGGAAUGGGCAAGCUUGCCUGAGGUGUAUACAGAGCGCAUCAGAUGAAGUGGCCUCUGUCUCCAGUGCUGGUGUCCCGCCUCUUUGCACCCAAUGCCACCGUCCGGUCAAGAUGGCACCGCACCUCGUAUGUAAUCCUAACCUAUCGCCCGAGUCCCAGAUGCUCCCUGGACACACGCACUCAGAUACGACCCCAUGUGAACUUGACCUCAUCCUGCUGACAGUUGAGAUGCCAUGCGAAGGCUGGUCCUGCUUCGUGAGUCCCCGUUGAUGCUUUCUUCAUUUGGGUAUCCAGCCAGUCACUGAAAGCUGCUGUGUUGGUGCAUCCUGUCCUCUCACGCCAGUUAGUCCCCCUCACUGCUGACCCGGCAUCACGGUCUCUUGCUCAUGGUAUCCCUUUGCCAGGCCCAUCUUCCACACAGCACUGGAGGAGGGGGGCUGCCCAAAAGCCCUCCAGCUCCCUAAACACAACACGGUGCUCGCCGUCCCAGAUCUGCAUGCCAUUCUGAUUGUGCCGAAUCUUGUUUCCCACUCAGUAAAACAUCCCAAGCAUCUUCUUUAA